UUUGAUGUCAUUAUUUUGCGACAAUUAUGUUUGUCAUUGAGCAGCAAAAUGGCGUCCGCAUCAGAACAUCAGGGUGCAGCAGACAGAGAACUGGAUGAAUUAUUGGACAGUGCUCUUGAUGAUUUUGACAAGACAAGUGCGCCACCUGCGGCCCCAGAAGCCCCCAAUUCUACUGAUGCAGGAGCAAAAAGUGAAGAGAAGCCACCCCUGCUGGAGGACAGUAAGUUCUUUGAGUCCCUCUUUGAUGGGGAGAUGGCCAAUCAAGCUAGGGCAGAGUGGGAAAAAGCCAUGAUUGAGUUAGCCCAGGAAGAACCUGAGCUUCUACAGCACUUUCAGAAGCUGUCAGAAGUAGCAGGCAAAGUAGGCACAGAUGCUGCAUCACAGCAAGAAUUCACCUCCUGUCUUAAAGACACCCUUAGUGGUUUGGCAAAAAAUGCAGACAACAUGCAGAGCGCAGGACUGGCUGGAGAGGAUAUAGUAAAAACCUUGGAGAACUUGGGAUUGAAUGAAAAUGGAGAGGGAAGCGGUGAAGAUGGAAAUAUCCUUCCUAUUAUGCAGUCCAUCAUGCAGAACCUUUUGUCCAAAGAGGUUCUGUACCCUUCUCUUAAAGAAAUAACGGAAAAGUAUCCUGAAUGGCUGGAGAGCAACAGGCAGUCCCUUCCCCCAGACCAAUUCACACAGUAUGAACAACAGUACAAGAUAAUGGGAGAGAUAUGCAGCCAGUUUGAGAAAGAUGGAGACCAAGAGAGCACAUUUGACAACAUUCUGGAACUCAUGCAGAAGCUACAAGACUUGGGUCAACCUCCAAAAGAACUUGCUGGAGAGACACCUCCUGGCUUAAACUUCGACCCAGAAUCUCUGCAUCUUCCUGGAGCACAAGGGGUCCCAGGAGCAGAGCAGUGCUCAGUCAUGUGAUCUCAGUGAGGUCAACUUAAUGUACAUUUGAAAACGAUGCAAUUUGGAGCUAAUUAUCAGAACCUGAGCUGGACUUUUAAAGAAGUUUGGUUAUGUGUCUGCCCUGAAAUGUGAAUGUUCACAAAAUAAAUUUUACUUAGCAGUUUUUGUCAAAAGAGGUUCUUUUAGUCAUUUUCAUCCCUAAUGUCUUUACUGUAUUCAUUGUGGAGCAGCUCUUAAUGUUUUGAUAUCACAGUGUGCUGACAGCUUGGUAAGAGUCAAAGUCUUUUGAAUUAUAUAAAAGUCUUCUACUUUUACAUCAAAGCACAUUUGAUGGCUCAUUUUGUGGAUUGUGUUGCUAAUAAUUGGAGGCAAAUGAGUGGAGCUCAAAGUGAGUGGAAAAGUUUGGUGUAAAUUUAAGUCUCAGAAGAAUGAUUAGGGUCUACAAACAUAGCUUUCAUCAGAUUCAAUUUGUAUUAUAUUAUUUUAAUAUAUAAUAUAGCAACUUAUGUGUCCCUUCUCAUAAGUAAUUCUCAAACUGUAGCACCCAGAUUCAUUUCUGUGAUUUGACAACUAAUCGGUGACCAAAACUUAGAUUAAUUAUUCUCAGAUUACUACCUACAGACAUUUAAAAUUCCUAUAAUAUAUCCUAAAUAUCAUGGUCACCUUUGCAUUGCAUUUGUGGUUGGAAAAGAAUAGUUCUCGCUCCUUGUGUCUUCUAAUGGUAACUGUAACCUACUGCAUGUUGAGCAGUUUGAACUUUCAGAGUAGUGAAUUACCCAUGUGGAUUUGACUCAUACCUAUGGUGGUGCCUCUUCAGUUGUGAUUUGCAUUUAGUCCCCAUUUUGCCUUGAUAAAAAGAAUUUUGGUUUAUUGGAGGUGGAGCUCAAAUUCAAAUUAUUGCUCUGUACUAACAUUGAAAGAACGUCAUGUUAUAUGCCAGGAUACCUCAGAAGCGGACCAAUAUUUGCAGAAUUGAAAAUCAAACAGAUAAUUCAAAGUCCAUUUGCUUUUGAGAGGAUGUUUACAUGGUUCUUUUGUGCAAACAGGUUUGAAUAUGUGGAAAUGGGAUCCCUUCACACAAUCAUACCUAGAAAUUAUUGGUCAUCAACUUGUGCUCUGUGGCCAAUAUAGAGAUCUCAGAGGAUAGACAAUGGGAUUUGUAAGGACAGGACAGACAAAUUUAAGAGUUUCAGCUCUAAUCUAUAUUCUUUAUUGUGUUGAAUGUUCCCUUGAAUGUAUGGUCCAUUGGUCUUGUCAUAUUCUGCUAUAUAAAGAAAAUAGCAAUUCUGAAAAAUAAAAUAAAUCUUUUAAACUUUA